AUGGAAGGCGCAGUGGUGGUUGAGAAGGAUGCUGGAAUAUCCUCUGUUGCAGCGGCGGGAGACAAUCACAAUUCCAAUUCCGCUACCGCCGCGAAGAGUAAAACUAAAAAACACGAGAAGAUUGUCAAAACCACAGUUCGCAACUGUAUCAACGCGUGGCUGAAGUCUCCCCACGUCGGCCCGGGCGCCCCGUUUCUCAGCAAGCGGACAAAGAUCGGCCCGAGCGGGGUGAGUGUGGAUAGUGCUAGUGGUAAAUUACUUACAACCGCAAAUCCGAGUUUGGUGAAGCACGCCUACAAACUGUUUCAGGAAGACCGGCUGAAGGCGUUGGCGAUCCACGGGGUAGUAUCUUAU